AAACCGUUCUUUUCAACAUGGCUGGCCCAGGCCAACGUGAUUUUCCUAACAUCUUAAUAACCGGGACGCCUGGCACAGGAAAAACCCUUCUGGCAAAGGAAUUAGCCGACAGAACUGGUAUGAAAUUUAUUAAUGUUGGUGAACUGGCAGAAAAGGAACAACUUUACGAUGGCUGGGACGAAGAAUUACAAUGUCAUAUUCUUGAUGAAGAUAGGGUGGUAGAUGAAAUUGAUGGCUACAUCUCUGAAGGCGGAUACAUAAUUGACUAUCAUGGUUGUGACUAUUUUCCAGAAAGAUGGUUUGAGAUAGUAUUUGUGCUAAGAACUGACAACACAGUCCUAUAUGACAGGCUUCAAAAAAGGGGUUACAGCCAGAAAAAAUUAACUGAAAAUAUUGAAUGUGAAAUAUUUCAGACAAUACUCGAAGAGGCAAAGGACAGUUAUAAACCAGAAAUUGUACAUGAACUCAAAAGUAACACUCCUGAGGAUUUUGAAGAGAAUCUUAAUCAAAUUGAACAAUGGAUUAGUCUGUAUAGGACACAAAGAUAAUCCAUUCUUCUUAAUCAGUUAAAUUUCUUGUCUGUUCAUAUUGAAGCUGAUAUUUUCAUUUAUAACCUUGUCAAACCCCUUGUCAAACCUAGGAUGAAACAGGAUUUUCUACUCAAAGUGGCUACAACCAUAUGAUAAAUUCAUAAACCUAAUCAUCCUAGCUUGUUUCCUUUGGAAUCCACGUAAAGACAAUCUACUAGUUUAAUUUCCGUUUUGACUUAAAAUUUUGUUUUCAACCACACAUUUAUCUUCACAUGGUUAGCUUAUUGCAGAGC